AUAAGAUUCAAUGGAACUCUGGGCACCCCUUCUAUAUAUCGUGGCAGCCCGUCUCCAGAAAUCGACGCCGUCUGGGAGAGGAUAGCAUUGAACGCGCGUCCAAUCCGUAUGACCGCUGAGCAACUGCUCAGAAUGGGCGAAGAACCUUCUGCAGUCCUGGCCAGGUAUCCAGACGAAUACGGCGGAGGUUACAUGGCAACUGUAGAAUUCAUUCACCAGCUCCAUUGCCUAGACAUGAUUCGCAGAGUCACAUGGGGUGAUCGAUCCUCGGGUCAUGGCGUUCACGAAACCCCCAAGGAGUUCCGCACUCACCUCGACCACUGCAUCGAAAUGCUCAGGCAGAUCAUUAUGUGUCGUGGCGACAUAACAAUGCUCACUUAUGACUGGGUGGAGGGAGUCAAAGAUCCUUUCCCCAACUUCAACGUUCCUCACCAAUGCAGAAACUUCGACAAGAUCUUGGAUUGGGUUGAUGAGCAUCUUGCUGUUACCUCUAAAUCCGACCUGGUCCGUUUGGGGGACAACGUGGAUCUGCCUUCCCCUCCUUGA